UGGGCUCCAUCAAAUAUUGGUCAGUUCGCGAGACUCCCCUUGUUUGAAUGAACUCAGUCAGGAGAGAAGGUCUCAAAGUCCCUGUUUGCAUUGGCGAUACGCGUUGGCAGGAUGUGGCUGAGGAGCAAUGCGAGGGGUUUAAGCUGCCGUGUGCUGUCAGAGCUGAGCCGAGCUGUGACCAGUGAAGCGGGACAGGACAUGCAGAGCAAUCAGCAGCUGGCGCGGGUGUACGUGACCCGGCGGGUCCCACAGAAGGGCUUGCAGGUGCUGCGGGACUCGGGCAUCUGUGAUAUUAAGCAGUGGGAUUCUGAUGACCCUGUUCCUCGUUCAGAGUUGCUCAAAGGAGUUGCUGGAGCACAUGGACUGUAUUGUUUAUUGACUGAGAAAAUAGACAAAGAACUGUUAGAUGUUGCAGGACCUAACCUGAAAGUUAUCAGCACCAUGUCUGUGGGGUUUGAUCAUCUCUCUCUGGAAGAAAUCAAAAAAAGGGGAAUUCGAGUGGGCUACACUCCUGAUGUCCUGACCAAUGCCACUGCUGAACUCACUGUAGCCUUGCUCCUGGCUACAUCUCGUCGACUGAUGGAAGCAGUAGCUGAAGUCAAAAAUGGCGGCUGGGGCACAUGGAAACCCUUGUGGCUUUGUGGCUUUGGACUGUCUGACAGCACUGUGGGGAUUGUGGGGCUGGGAAGAAUAGGUUUAGCCGUCGCACAGCGAUUGAAGUCAUUUGGUGUGAAGAAAUUUCUAUACUCGGAUUUUGAGCCAAAGCCAGAGGUUGCUGCCGAGAUACAGGCUGAAUAUGUGCCUUUGGAUAAACUAGCAGAGGAAUCAGACUUCGUGACAGUGCACUGUGCUUUGACACCUGAGACAAAAGCCAUGUGCAACAAAAAUUUGUUUUCAAAAAUGAAAAAGACAUCAAUAUUUAUCAACACAAGCAGGGGAGCAGUGGUAAACCAGGAUGACCUUUAUAAGGCUCUGACCACUGGUCAGAUCGCUGCAGCAGGGAUGGACGUCACAGUUCCUGAGCCAUUGCCCACUGACCAUCCUCUAUUGUCACUGAAAAACUGUGUUAUUCUACCACAUGUUGCAAGUGCCACAAUCACCACUCGCACUGCCAUGGCUGUGCUGACAGCUAAUAACCUCCUGGCUGGUAUCAAAGAUGAACCAAUGCCGAAAGAGCUGAUCCUGUAAUGUGCAAGGCAUCUUGUGGCUGCAAGGAGUUCUUCUGUGUCUGACCUGUGCCCUGAAUCUUUGACUCCCAUUGUAUAAUUGUAAAAGUCUGUUCAGCUGCUUUGAAGAAACAAUCUUGUAUCCAAUAAAAUGGAAGUCCUCAUA